GGCGGUGGAGCCCGGAGAAGGUUGCAGGCUGGGGGUGCAUGUGGCUGACGCGGAAUGCGCGAGACCUCGCCGCCAGCCUCGCUGCUUCCCGCGCGCCUUGCACCGCGGCCUCUGGCGCCAGCCUGAAGACGCCGAGGUGGUAGGGGGCCCACAGAACUGAACUGCCGUCGCCCACCCGGGCACCAGCCCGAACUCCGGAGCGCCUCCUGCCACGGUCGCGGGCCCGCCCCCGCGGCUGGUGCGCUGACCUACUCCUCAGCGGUUUCUGCCGAGAGAGAUGAACGACCUGUUAGACCGUGAGACGAGCUCGGGGCCGGCCAGUUAGGGGAACUUGGCGGAAGGUCGCUCUGCGCCCUCCCAGGCUCGUUCUUUUGCUCUGCGAGCGAGACUUCGCCUGCCUCCGGGCGCGAGGCAAGCGCAGAGGGUACAGGGGCCUGCGGGGCGCGCGGUCGGCAUGUUUCCGAGGAGGCCGCCGGCCAGCCUGGCCGCCUGGCUGGUGGGCGCGGCGGCGGCCGGGCGCGCGGGGGCGCGGGGCGGGGGCCUGCUCUCCCUGCUGGCCAAUCAGUGCAGCUUCGUGACGGGCCUGCGCGUGCGGCGGGCGCAGCAGAUCGCGCAGCUCUACGGCCGCCUGUACUCGGAGAGCUCGCGCCGCGUCCUUCUCGGCCGCCUCUGGCGCCGGCUGCGGGGGCGCCCGGGCCAUGCCUCUGCCUUGAUGGCGGCGCUCGCCGGCGUGUUCGUGUGGGACGAGGAGAGGAUCCAGGAGGAGGAGUUGCAGAGAUCCAUUGAUGAGAUGAAACGGUUGGAGGAAAUGUCUAUGUUUCAGACCUCUGGAGUUGAACGCCCCCCUCCGGAACCAAAAUCCCAAACAGAAGGAAAUGAAGAUUCAGGAGGCAAAGAGCAACCAUGGGAGAUGGUGAUGGAUAAGAAACACUUCAAGCUGUGGCGGCGCCCCAUUACAGGCACCCACCUUUACCAGUACAGAGUUUUUGGAACCUACACAGAUGUGACACCCCGGCAGUUCUUCAAUGUUCAGCUGGAUACAGAGUAUAGAAAAAAGUGGGACGCCCUGGUGAUCAAGCUGGAAGUGAUAGAGAGGGAUGUGGUUAGUGGUUCUGAGGUCCUUCACUGGGUGACCCAUUUUCCUUAUCCAAUGUACUCACGGGAUUAUGUGUAUGUUCGGCGCUACAGCGUGGAUCAAGAAAACAAUGUGAUGGUGUUGGUGUCACGGGCCGUGGAGCACCCUAGUGUGCCAGAGUCCCCAGAAUUUGUAAGAGUCAGGUCGUAUGAAUCCCAAAUGGUUAUCCGUCCCCACAAGUCAUUUGACGAGAAUGGCUUUGACUACCUGCUGACGUACAGUGACAAUCCCCAGACUGUGUUUCCUCGCUACUGCGUUAGUUGGAUGGUUUCCAGUGGCAUGCCAGAUUUCCUGGAGAAGCUGCACAUGGCCACUCUGAAAGCCAAGAACAUGGAGAUCAAAGUGAAGGACUAUAUCUCGUCUAAGCCUAUGGAAGUGGGGAGUGAAGCCAAGGCCACGGCCCCAUCUUCCGAGCGGAAGAGUGAGGGUAGCUGCGGCCCUGCCCGGAUCGAGUAUGCUUGAAGACCUUUGGGAUAAGGAGGGACAGGCUGCUUCCAGCCCGGGCUCUUAUCACUCCGCUGCAGAAUGGGGCGUGUAUUAGAAGGUGUCUGCUGUAACCACCAGUGCAAGAUAAUUCAGUACUUGUGUCCGGUCUCAUUCAGAGCCCUGCUGCUCUUUAUCAAAGCAGGAGGAGGAGGAGGCAUCUGGGGGGACAUUGUCAUGUUCUCAGGCCAAGCAUUUUGAUUUGCUUGUUUCACUGAGCAAAUCUGGAACCAGCCGCUCACCUCAGGCCAGAGGGGACAACCUCUUUUGCUUCCCUGAGCGGUGUCCUCUGCCCACAUUCCAUUCUCAGCCUCAGUUCUGCAGCACUUUGGGUUUCCUUCAGUUCUGGAGGACCAACUGGACGGUCGAGUCCCAGCGGGGGUCAUGGGAGCGCUCUUGGUCGGAGUCCUGAUCUUGAGCGGGUGUGAACUGUUGCUUGGCAGUGCAAGUGCCUUGUCCUCACCUCGCUCCCAUCUCUAGGGACAUAGAGUUUGUACCAAGAACUGUCUCUCUUUGCCUCCCAUUCACACUGCGUUGACUCACCCACCCAAAGCAGUUUCCUUUCAAUUGGCCAGUUCUUCUGUAUUCAUGUGCUCUAUUAAUUCAGGUUUAUGCCUCCUUCUGUAGCCCAUUUACCAAGAACAUGGGGAAAUUAAUCCUUUUAGACAGGAAAUCUCUGUAUCAUCAGUGUUUUUGAUAAGAGUCAGUGGAGAUGCUCAAAACAUAACACUUUGGCUCGGGGGUUCUUUUGUUUGUUUUUUUAACCUUUGUGUUAAAAGAUGGGAAUUGGGGAGUUGAAUAGGAUUUUUCCAUAGUCCGACUGUAUAGCAAACACUGUCUUGAUUCAGGCAUUAGUUUUCACACUUCAGGUCUGACUGAGUGCUGAGGACAUGUCCCUCUUGGAAGGCUGACGGCCGAACAGUGGGGACUGCUCCCUUGGAGCCCUCAAAGCUGUAGAUAAGCUGUGUGAAUGGACAGAUGUAAUCUUGUCCCGGAUGCUAAUAUAAGGGGAUGUGGUUUAUAUGACCCUCUUAUUCCUCUGAGAAGUUUUUCUUCCUAUUCUGAGUCAAAAGCAGACCACACUGUUCAGAUCAAGUCACAAUUAGAUGGGAUCCGUUUGGUCUGGCUGAUCUGGCUUACGGCCAUGCUGCAGUCUGACUGGAGAAUCGGCAACAGGUUUCAAACCCUCUUCCCUCCUUUUUUUUCUUAGAAUUUGAAUGACCAGAUUCUCCCCACCCCUUUUGUGUUGUUGAAGAGGAGAACUAAACCUGAGACUAACUUUAAUAAAGCCCCUUGACCUUUUUGUCGUGUAAGUUUUGUGCCAGGGAAGGCCCUGUCCCAGUGGUUCUUACCUUCUCUGCAUCGUUGGCAGAGCAGAGGGAUGCAUUCUUUUCAUUUCUCUCCUCACUUCCAGGACCUGCCAGAAGCAGGGAAGAGCCCCUGGGUUAUGUCUGAACUUAGCUUCCAGCAUGUGGGUGGUGUGAGUGCACAGGGGUUCAGGGGCUGGAUGUUGCUCACAUUGUGCUUUUGGGCAUUUUGACUCUGCACUUGGGACUGUACAGUUACUCAUGUCAUUGUAAUGAUUUCACUCCUGACUGUGACAUUUUUAUCAAAUGUGUGAAUAAAUACGUAAGGAUUGGGAUGAAAGAGU